AUACCACUGUAACCUGCACAAUACAGAUAGAUCCCUGCUUGCUCAGAUGGGUGGAUGUGAAUUUCAGUGAAAUGCUUCUGGAAACAGCACUGCUCAGGUAAACUCCCACGGUAAUGCAUGAAAAAUGGAAGCAGUAAGCCUCGUUCCAGUAGGAGAGUUUUGCUUUUAAACAACUUGCGCCUGCUGUGUUGUGUCUGGAGUUGGAGCUGAGCAGAGCCACCAGGACGGCACGUGUGACAGAAGCCACAGUUGCAGGUCUGAUUUUGCUCAAUUCCCCUGGUCUUCAGGGUCAGCCGUGGACAGAAAAAUCAAGGCAGAGACAGAACCUGUUAAAAGCUUUGGGGCUUUAUUUUCUUAAACUCCCCUGGCUCCAUUUAAGCCUCUUUCUCCAACCCCUUCUGCAAGCCCUGUAUCGCAGCUCAGAUGAGGCAACCUGGGGCGUGAUGCACCUCUGUUUUGUAACCCCUUCCUCUGAUUGCGCUGUGCUGCCAGGUGAAUUGGAGUCCUGCUGGGAACAGAGAUGCUAAUCUCAGUUCCUGAGAGGAGUACUGCUGACUUCACUGAUGUUAGCACAGUUACUCUGGCCCACAUUGUAAGAGGGCUGUGAGGCUCAGUGGUUUAAACUGCUGGCAGCACCAGCUGCCAUGAAUUUUAGGAGUCUAGUAACAAAAUUGUCAGGGCACCCUGUCUUUUACCUGUCCUCGUGAUUGAAAAGCCAGUCCUGACCAGUAUCUAAAGGGAGUGUGGUUAGGUAGUUUAUCUGCCAUGUGUUUUGCUUUUAAAAUCUGUUUCUCUUAAGCACUGAAUAAUUUUUUUCUCUGCCAAACCUAUGACUCUCCAUAUAGUUUCACCUGCAAGUCCCUUGUCCGAUGGAUUUCAGAGUGUGCCCAAGUUUCAUUGUCUGAGAAGGUGCAUAUGUGGAGGUUUUCACAGAGCCUUUGGGUCCUUGCAGCAAAGUAAGGCAGGUUUAGACCCAGAGGAGCUGUUGGAAAAGUCGCCUGGCUUAAUGAUUAACAACUUCGCAGUGCUAUGGGAGUGCUAGGAUAAAGAGACCUCUGGACUUGUGAGCUCUCCCAGAAGAAACCAGCCACUGGCCUUGCACUGAAACACAUCCAUUUAUUAGAGAGGAUUAACUCUUUCAGGUAAUUUGAAUGGGUCUGUGAUCGAGUGUGUUGCCUGGGCUACUUCAGCCUCCUGGCACCCUGCCUUAAUUGCUUGCACCAUAUUUGCCCUGAGUGGGGGAGAUGCAGAUCACAAGGAUCUUUGAUCCUGAGAAUCCAGCAGUGAACUUGCUGCCAGUUAACAGAGGGAAGGAGAAACGCUGGGGAAUAGAUGCAUGCAUACUUGGCCAGGGCUGCCUUUCCUCUGUCAGGACAAGUGCCUGCCCUUGAGCGGUUGAGAUCCUUUCAUCCACACUCAUCUCUGUUGCAUAUAAUGCUAAUACUUAGUGGAGACUAGCUCAAAUGGGCUUUCACAGACACAGCUGGCAACUUUGCCUGGAUCUGAAGUCCUAUUUGGACUCUAAAUAUUAUUUUAAUGGAUAGUGAGAGGACUAAAAAAUAAAGGCAAAUGAAGCCUCAUGUUAAUUUGCUGUUUUGUGGGGAAACCUCAUUACUGGUCUCGAUGUGGCCACCAGCAGCAAGGGAUCAGGCAGCCAGCAAGGCUGCUGUUUCUCCAAAGUCCAUGCGUGAUGCCGCAGGGAUGCAUGGAGCAAUGGCAGCCAGAGAGUGAUAACAGCAUUUGGCUAGCAUGAGGAAGGGAGUUAAUGUAGUGAAAAGCUGUUCCACCCAGACACCCUGCUCUCUCCAGGACAGAGAACAGCUUCCACAGUUUGGAAAGGCAUCAAAUGCUGAGCAAAUAGAAAUGAUGGUUGCUCGUGACAAAUCUAUGGCAAUGGAGAAGUUGGCUGGCAGGGCUCACCUUCCCUGCAGGAGGUGAAGGGAUUGCAGGGGAACUACAAGAUGACAGGUAGUUCGAAUGUGACACUGUCCUUCCCUUCCUCCUGCCUGGGCAGAGGUCUGAAAAUGCUGCUGAUAUGGCACCUUCACCUAGAGGCAACAGGAGCUAUAGCUCCACAGUUCAUGUUUUGACCUCCCUGCUCUCCCUGUGACAGCCCUGUCUCUUCUGCUAGUGUUCACUCUCCCUUGCAGGUUGGAGUGUGCCGGCUGUCCCAGCUCUCGAGGCUUUGCCUGUGUCAGCAGAGUGUGUACAAGCCCACCGCACCAAGCAGAUUGACUCAGCCUGGUGCCCCUGUGCAGCAUGUCCCUGCAUGAGCACGCACUGUUCCUCUUCCGCAGUGCGGUGGGCAGCGUUCGUCCAGCUCUAAUGCUGAAGCGGGCUGUGAAGCUCCAGGGAGACGGGUGCCCUCAGCUGCUGGUGAAGGGCCAGGCCUUUCCAGUGAAGAGGGACCUGUACCUGGUGGGUUUUGGCAAAGCUGUGCUGGGGAUGGCCACGGCAGCAGAAGAGAUCCUGGGAGACCACCUCGUACGGGGGAUCAUCAGUGUGCCAGUAGGCAUCCAGGAGAGCCUGCAGCGAGCAGGAAUGCAGGAGAUGCUCCUGAAGCCACACAGCAAAAUCCAAGUCAUUGAAGGUGCCAAGGACAACCUCCCGGACCAAGAAGCUCUGCAGGGAGCAGUUGCCAUCCAGGAGCUGGCUGAGGAUCUGACUGUGGACGACCUGCUCCUUGUGCUCAUCUCAGGGGGUGGAUCAGCCCUACUGCCUGCUCCCAUCCAUCCCAUCCGCCUUGAAGAAAAGGAGAAACUCACAAAGAUGCUGGCUUCCCGAGGAGCUGCCAUACAGGAGCUGAACAUUGUCCGGAAGACUCUGUCCUUGCUGAAGGGUGGAGGGCUGGCCCGGCUCGCACAUCCUGCACAGGUGGUGAGCCUCAUCCUUUCUGAUGUGAUUGGUGACCCCCUGGACAUCAUAGCAAGUGGACCCACCGCUGCCAGCUCCCACAGCAUCCAAGACUGCCUCCAGAUACUCACCAAAUACAACCUGCUGCACAACCUGCCCAAGUCAGUGGAAACAGUUCUGUCCAGCUCUCCCACCAAGCCCGCUGCUCCCGAAGACUACUCCCACGUUUGCAAUAUCAUCAUUGGGUCAAAUACACUGGCUUUAGAUGAGGCCAAACACCAAGCCGAGGGCCUGGGCUACGCAACUCUGAUUCUGAGUGCAGCAAUCUGUGGGGAAGUCCGGCACAUUGCUACACUAUACUGCCAGCUGAUCCAUCUGCUCUGCCUGGGCUUUGCUGGUGUCAGAGAAGGGCCCCUGAGUGACAAGGUGAGGGGGAAUCUCCUGCAGCUGGUGGAAGAGCUACAGAUCCCGGGUUUGAACCUUGCCAAGUUUCUACAGGCCCUGAGAGGAUUAGGGCCUGAAAGACCAGUCUGCAUCCUGGCUGGCGGAGAAACCACGGUUCAGCUUCAAGGAACUGGCAAGGGAGGGAGGAACCAGGAGCUAGCCCUGCGCGUGGGGCUGGGGCUGCACAGAGCACAGGCUAUGGAAGUCAGCAGUGCCCUGAGGAGGUGUGAGAUCAUCUUCCUCAGCGGAGGAACGGAUGGGCAGGAUGGGCCAACGGAGGUAGCAGGGGCCUUCUGCAGCCCAGAGCUGGUGGAAGAGGCACUGCAGGAGGGUCUCGACGUGGAGGCCUUUCUUAGCAACAAUGACUCCUAUACGUUCUUCAGCCAGUUCCAAGGUGGGCGUCACCUCCUGGUGACAGGCUUGACAGGCACCAAUGUCAUGGACAUCCAGGCCAUUUUAAUUAAAGCCACAGAGAGAUCGUAAGAGCUCCCUCUGCAGAUAUCCAAAUGCAUUAAAUUAGGACUGGGGGGUAAAUGAAGGCAUCAACACUGCAGACAAAUGUAAAACUACUUAAAUUAGGGCUCACUGUUGAGGAUGCCAGUAUCUUUGAUAAAAAGGAUCCACUAAUUAGACACAAGUGAAUGUCCACAGCAAAAUCAAGAACUUGUAAUUGGGAUUAGAGGAAAAUAAGAGGUCACAUUACAGACACAGAGGCUGGAUUUAACACUUCUGCUGAGAGCUGCCACACUUGUGACUGCUUCAACUGUAGUUAGAGAUGUGGGGAAAUUGAGGCCAUGGUAGGGCUGCCAGGGAGAGCCCUUACUGCGGCUUUUGCACCUCCAGUGCACCCAGCUCAAGAGCAGCUCAUCGGGGGCUUUUGUAGGUUCACAGAAGUGCAUUACAGUGACUGAAGGAUGUAAAAGCAGCAGCAAGGCCUGCCAGCUAGAGGUAUGGAGGUGCUGGGGGAAUGCAGUAGGAAGGGGACACCCAGCACCAGUUCCAUGUGCCAGCAGAGUGCCCUGCAGCUCCUCCCACACCAGCGUGCCUGAGGCAAUACAGAGACCCCGAAACCAGCACGACGCAUACCCAGCAGUGCAGCUAAGGAGCACAUUGGCUGAGAGCAGUGCUCUUGGAUGCUUGACUUGAAAGCAGUGCACAGUGACAGUGAUGCAGAGGGUGGUAUUCCUUCACCAUGCAGCACAAGGAAGGGGACGAUUGAGGUGCAGUGGCAAGCCAGCUGAGUGGAGCCCUUCUUCAGUCUCCUCCCCUCCACAGGGGCAUCCUCCCUGCUGAUCCCUGUUGGGAGAGCCUCCAUGCCAGCAGCAUCUAUACUGUGAGCUUUCACAGUGUUUUCCAACUGCCUAGAACAAUCACACAGCCAGACUGAGCCACUGACCUUUCUUCUGCACUGGGGCAGAAGUCACUGUCGCUGAUUAACUCCGCUAAUUCUGUGGAACAAAAGGCAAGGAAGCUCAGCUCUCCUGACCCAUACUGCUGAGCUGAUCAAAGGGCAAAGCUGCCAGAGCCGUGCUUUAACAGGGAGCUGCUCCCCAGCAUGUAUAAGGACGCAGUGGUUAUUGCGGUUUCAUCACCUACUACAGUGCAAUAUGUGGGAGAGCAGAGAUGAUCCAGGUUUCCCAGGACAUGGAGCCCACGGUGGGGCUGGUUUUCAGAUGGGCUCUGCCUGUAGCAACAGGCACAGUGAUGGUUUUGGCUGGAUAUUCAAAGGACUUCAGCAGCUCAGCAGCCAGUAUGACCCAACAUAUCCAAAGCCUUUUGAAUAUCUGCCUGUUUGUUACAGAGCCUAAGUGGGAGCUGAGCUCCUUUGAAAAUCCAGCCCUAAUUUAAUAGGACGUGCUUGACUCAGACUCUUUCCAGACAGACAGACCUACUCCAUGUGGCUGAUCUCAUCUCGUGACAUAAAUACACCAUCCUGCCAACACUGUGAGUUGUGAUGUCUCACUGAACUCUGUUCUGCAGCCCGCUCCAAGACGUAUCGGAGGGUGGAUUUUUGAGGACGAUGUGACACCUACUGCUUUGGUUUUGAAGCCAAUAUCUAAAAAGCAGAGAUAUCAGCAGGACCAUCACGGGGCCUGGUAUCGAUGCCAGGCUGGCAGCUGGGCUGUCUGGGCCACAGCCCAGGCAUAGUGUCAAAGCACAGUCUUGGGGAUUUCAAAACCGCAGUCUUACCCCAAUGGUUUAAACUGAUCCACACAUCUCAUUUGCCCUCAGAGUCUGAAGACCUUCUCUAACAUGCCUGAACUUGCUCACACUGGCAAACAGCUUUGAGAUCUGCUGCGGAAAACCUGCCAAGUGUUAUAAAGCUUGCUGUGCCCCUGUAAUGUCAGGUGGCAGUUGCGCAGGAGAAGCUGCUUUGUGCUGUGCAUUUUUCUCAAGAGGUCAUCAGUAGGUCGCUGGCAGGUCGCCUCUUCCAUGCCCAGCAUGCCAGCACCACAGGGACACUAACAAGCACAGUGAUACAGCCAAAAAGCAUGGGCUGCAGCGAGGAUAACUGGCUAAAGCUGGCUCCCAAGUGUCGUUAAUGCUUCCUGUCCGAUUCUGCUCCAGUGAAAUCCAGAAUGACUCCACUUUCAGGCUGGGGUGCCUGGCAGAAGCGUCACUGGCACCUUCAGCAGCAAGUCCAGUGUGCCAGGCUGGGCAUGCUGUCACAGCCCGAAUGUAGCCCUGUGCUCUGCCCACAGCCCUGCCACAUUGCUGAGUGCCGAGCUAGUCCUCGGAGCUGCUGCUUGUGCUGCAUCAUAGUCAAGUUCAGAAGACCUUGGGCUAGCACUCACUGGCUUCUCCUGGGAAAUGCCUACUACAUGUACCCUGAGCAGUGUCCUUGCUUUCUAAACAGUGGCUUUUCACUAAUGAUUAAAGAGAGUUUGUGCUGCGGAGGAGAGAAGGCUAAUAAAAGGUUUGUUGAAAGGAUGGAACUGUUUGAAGUGCUCUUCACAUCUACAUUUGCUUGGCCUCCGUAUACUGUUUUUGUUCUUGUCCCUUUUCUAAGGAGGAGAAAAGAGGACGGGGGAGGUUGUCCAAGGACACCCAGGUUACAGAAACACUUUUUGUUUUCUGAUGCUUCUACCUGGAUAGAUCAAAGCUCCAUUUCUGCGGGAUUGCUUGGGUGGACCUUCUUGGUCCUUGGGUGUGCAUCUUCUGCCCAGGGAAGAAAGGAGCUUUGGAGUGUGCGCACCCCUUACAAACAAGGCAUCAUUUUAUUCCUCUGGACAGCACUCGGCAUAGAAUUGCCUGUUACUGCUCCAGCCCAAAGCCUGGAGUCUCUUCAAUGACAGCAAAAGGCCACAUGUAGGACCCAGCAUACAUUUGGUCAGGUUUUGCAAGGAUUUGAGAGAUAACUGUUCCAUCUGAAGAUGCAACAGCACCACUUACCUGCCAAGUAACAAUUUGCCUCUGGGCUGUCGGAGCUUGCCAGGAGCAAUGGCUUUCCCCUAGGGAACUUCAGUGAGUCACCACAGCUGAGCAGGGCUUUGCAGCUUGCCUAUGCUCUCUUGGAUGGGGUAUUAGCAUCAUGUGGGUGUACCCAGGCAAACGAAGAAACCAGAGUGCUACUGUGAUCACACCAAGUAAUCCCAGUGUGCAGGCCAUGCUGGGCCCAGCUCCACCCUAUCCUGGCUCUGGGGUGCUUGUGCCUAAGGAGACAAGUCACAGAAAGAGUGAGGACAAUAAGAGCUGCUUUUGUCAUUCCCUUCCCUUUUUACCAGAAAACCAAAACUCUUUCUAUACCAGCCAGCCUCCACAAAGGAGGGAGGUGGGUGGAGAUGGCCAAAAGCUCCCUGACCACAUCCCUGUAUGUGGGCAGGGGACACAGUGACAGCCAUCAGGAAAAGCACACCCAGCUGCUGGGCAGAGAGUGUGUGAGCAAAGCCCAGGCGUCUUCAGGGCCUCCUAAGCAGCCUGCUCAUAGCCAAACAGUGCUAACAGCCAGAAGAACUGUGUUAUUAACAGCGCGAGCUUUUGGCAGUAAAUUAAAAAUCUUGGCUGCC